AUGGAGAAACUAUAGAGUAUGCCCAAUUACGAGAUUAUAAGGAUUAUUGGUUCUGGAGCAUUUGGUAAUCUUUUUAGAUAUUUACAAGGAUAUGUAUUUGAAGCCUUUGAUUAAUAAAGACGCUAAAAAGUAGCCUUAAAAAGAAUGCAAAAAGUAGGUAAAUUUCAAAGUAGAGAAUGUGAAAUCCUAUAGUAAUUAAAAUAAUGCAGUUAUGUGGUUAAAAUACUUGUAUAAGAACAUAUUAUGUAGGAUGUAUUCUAUAGUAAAAGUGAAGAUAAUAAAAUGAUCUAAAAUAUCAUACUAGAAUUUAUGGAUCAAAAUUUAGAAGAUAUAAUUCAAGAACAUAGAAAGAAGGAAAUCUAUUUAGAUUGCAAAGUCUUAAAGAACUAUCUCUAUUAGACAUUUAAAGGUCUUGAUUAGAUCCAUAGAAAGCAUAUUGCUCAUAGAGAUUUAAAACCGUAAAUUUAGAAUAUUAUUAAAAAGCGAAAAUAUUUUAGUGAAAGAUGGGAAAAUCAAACUCUGUGAUUUUGGCAGUGCUAAAUAACUUCAUCCAGUUACUAUCAAUACACCUUAUAUUGUAUCUAGGUUUUAUAGAGCUCCUGAAUUACUUUUGGGAAUAACAGAAUAUGAUGUUUCAAUUGAUAUUUGGGCUAUGGGUUGUAUUAUGGCUGAAUUAGCUCUACUUGAACCUUUUUUUAUUGGGAAAUCAGAUGGAGAUUAAUUUUUUAAAAUUCUAAGAAUUUUAGGAUCAUUUUCUAAAUAGGAUCUUAAAUAUUAUUAAAAAGUAGUUCCUUUCAAUGGAAAAUUAUUUAAAGAGUUCCCCAAUUAUGAACGUAUCAAUUUAAAUAAAAAAUUCGAACAUAUAGAUGAUAAAGAUUUAUUUAUUGAUUUGCUUAGGUAAUUUUAUUGAUUUGAGUAAUCAUAUAGUAAAUUAUUGAAGUAUAUACCAGAGGAAAGAAUAACAGCAAGUUAAGCAUUAAAACACUAAUAUUUUAAAGAAUUGUUAGACUAGUGA